UCUUACUGUCUGUUUCUUGCGUCUCGUUCCCCUAUGGCGUUCCUUACUCGCCAACCGAGCACGGAUGAACGGUGUCACAGCUUGUUCUUGCUCCCCGAGCUUCCCACGCCGCGAGUUUCUGAACAUUUCCGUGUCGCGACCCCAAUUUUACCGCGUAAACCCAACGGUGGGCCGACAGUGUGGCUCAACCUGGUCCGUUCGUGUCAAGAAAGCCAACUUAGCUCGCGGACAUCUGUGGUCAAAAUUAGCUGAUCAGGGUUAGGAAGAGAACCAAGACGCUGCAGGGAUAUCUUAUUGUGGUCUCAGUGACGACUGAUGCGACACUAACCAUUAUCGAGGUUCCCAGUUUCAUCGGAGCUUUGCUAGCUGAGUUAUAUUUAGGCACCUUUAUUACUGCGGAAAGCGGCAUCGUAACGUUGCACAGUCGAGUUCCUUCAGAGCCAACUAGAAGAGCCGAAUCGGAAGAAGCCCAAAUCUUAGAUCUGUACCAGAGAAGCGGGGACGUGGUGAACCACUCGGCGCCGUGACUCCAUAUAUCCCGACUCCGACAAUGCCGAGACGCGGAGAGCAGUUGCUGCGUCGAGUAGGACGCAGAACUACUCGCCUACCCUGCGGACUGCAGAGUAGGCUGAAUCCGCUAAAUCCGCUGCUCGUGUUUCUGCUCCUCGCCUUGCUCUCCGUCGCCUUGGUUCGACUCGAACAGCCGCUCUUGCUCCCCGCCGGAGCCGCAGGUCACAGGAGCGCGUAUCACGAGCCGUCCUGCCACGGGUCCCUGUACCACCUGCAUCGGACUAGCGCCUGGCAUCAGAAUCUCUCUAUUUAUACAGAAUCAGCGAGUCCAGCCACUAACGAGGACGGUUACAGAUCCGCUCCAGGCCAUCCGAAAGCCGUGCAACUACCAUCACAUUUAGAGCCUUCACCUUCACUAGAAUCACACCAGCCAGAGUCACGUUAUAUCAAGUCACACCAGUUACAGUCACAGUCACAUGGGAAGUAUCUGCCUUGGACCGAGCCUCAGGAGUGGAUGAACCCGUGGCUGAGGCAGCAGGUUCGGUCCGAGCCUGCUACGUUGGCUUGGAUGGAGGAGUCCAUGGCGCAGGAGACUCGUCCCGUGCCUGCAGGCUGGCUUGCUGCCGAGCCUGAACCUGCCGCCGAACCUUACGCCGCUGCUGCUGCCGAGGCUGACUUUGCCAGCCCUGCUUCGGUUUCGGCUGCUGCUCAUGCUGGCGUUAUGCAAGGCUCAGCAUGCUCCCCCAUCGAAACCGCUAUCAUCAUCAAUGUCACGAAGGAGCCCGACUUCCGCAAGAGGAGGAGCUACCCAUCGUCCAUCACGGUCAUUCUGGAGCUGCAGAAUCACGUCACUCUGAGGCGCGGGCUGCUGUGGGGGCCCGCCUAUGCGUGCACCAUCCUGAGGUCGGGCGCCAAGGCCAAGGGGAGGGGCUUCCGGCUGUACGUGCACCGCGUGGACGAGCCCCUGCUGCGGGUGUGGAACACCAGCAAUAUUAUUGUGCACCGAGUGCAGAUGUCGCAGCCCUUCCGCGCCUACUCCAAAGCGUGCCCCAGGGAGAUCCCUGACGUGGGAACGGACAUCAUCUGCCCUCUCAUCCACGUCUACCGCUCCUAUGGGAUUCAGAUUGUCAAGGGUUACACCUUUGGGCGGGUGGACAUGGUGCGAACGAUGCACAGCCGCAUCGACUCAAUGAAGAUGACAGCCGUGCACGACUUCCCGAGGGGCAACGGGGUCAUCCGGGUGAUGCUGUCGGGGUAUGGGCCCUUGCUGGUGCGCGCUUAUAUCUACAUCACCAAUAACGAGAUCUACGGCACGUACCUGCCAGUGCUGCUGCAGUUGGGCGUGGUGGGAGCAAUCUUCAAGAACAACCACGUGCACGACUAUGUGUGGGCUGCCAUCGUGUGUGGCAACAUGGUGCACUCUCAGGGCGACUGCAUGCUCACCUCUAUAUCCAACAACCUUGUGGUUGCCAAGGGCCGAAACCUGACUGGGGGAGGGGACGCGACGGGGAUAUACUACGUGACGCACUGGAAUAACCCGGGUAAUAUCGCGGAGUGCAACUACAUCUUCGGGGGCGACCACUGCUACUACCUCGAUUUUGCUUCCUCGGGUGUGACUAUACGCGGAGGGGCUUGUAUCGGGCCUGUGGAUGGCAUGAAAGUCAACAAUGGGAAGUGGAACCGCAUUCAGCACGUGGUGAUGAAGCGCACCGAGAGCACCCCCGGCUGGUGCACAUGUCUCACUGCCACGGUGUGCAACUGCCUCAAAGACCCGGGCAACUACUGGGACCGCAUGCGCGCCAAGUACUACAACAGUGCCGUGUUUCAGAAGAGAUGGCCCUGGAUGAAGGAUACUUGUAACGAGACUGCCAUUAACGGAACUCCAUGUAACACAAAUGCGCGGGGCACCUUAAAGGACACGGAGACAGGCAAGUGCAGCGGGCUGCCCACAAAUAAUUACAUCGACCUGGUUUUGGUUGAUGUGCAAGAUGCGGACAUGAACUACCGUUACUGCGAGCAGCUUCCCAACGUGCCCAAGUUAAAUACACAUAAUCACAUUAACGUAACGUCUGAGUCCGCACAGUUCAUUGAUUACGCUAAUGAUGACCUGGGUGUUAAAAAGGGGUCACCUAUUUUUAAGAAGCGGCCCAAUUUCAAGAACUGCCCGAGGAAAAUAGUGGGGCCUAAGAAGGUGAGGGAUAGCUUCUAUUAUAGAUAUUUUGGGGUUCAAAGGCCCUGGCGGUUUAGAUUAGUGAAAUGGAUGAAUGGUAGCCAUUUCCAUGAUCCUACUCUAGUUGACGCUGUGGGACGGUUGGAGUAAUGCUUUAUGUGUGCCAUGCCAUGUUAUUACCCCAUUCUAUUCAUUCAAGCAGCAUCAAGUCGAGAAGCAUUGUUUGCCACAUUGAUAA